UGUGUAUGACUCAUGAGGCAACUUGGUACAAACAAGUCCCACACCCUCUGUCCCAGGGUAUAGAAUUUCUCAUCGUUCUGGGGGAAUUCCCCUUUUCUCAGGCACAUUUUGUGCAAUAACGCAUUUACCCAUAUUAGCAGCAGCACACUGAGGAAAUUAAUAGGCUAUUUUUAGACUGAAUUUGAGUAGCAGCUGUUCUUUGAUAUAAGCAGUGGCUUUCAUGUUUUUGAAAUAUUUGUUUUAGACAAUGUUAGUAGUAUGAACUUCCCUACAAAUCACCGUUAUUAGGCCCUCUAAAUGUUAAAGCUCUAAGCAUGGGAUCGACCGACUUGGGCAAGAAGGCGAUGAAGGUAUACAGACGUCUUUCCAAGCAGGAGCCAUGGUGUUUUCAUCCAAGCUUCCUGGAAUCAUGGUACAAUGAAAACAUCAAAGACGGAUCCAAAGCUUAUCGGGGUCUCUGUACAUCCGCAGCCAACUACUUGGAAAAUGAACUAACCUUUUCCUUGUUGUCUAUUGAUGAAAUAGUCGUGGGUGGGUCACUCGGCAAAGGCACCUUUGUAAAAGACCAGUCUGACAUAGAUCUAUUUGUGUUCAUGAACUGGGAUUCUAUCGACACAAUCGGGGCAAUGAGGUACAAGAUUCAGCUUAAGGAAGGUCAGAGGGAUGUAGAGGACAUCCUUGAGGGAAUAGAUGGCGUGACCGGAGUCCGGAGUGAUGAUUUUGUCGUCCAUUUCAAUCUUGAGUACAAUAACUUGGAUUACAGGGUUGAUCUGCUCCUAACGGCUGACAACUCUCACGAUGGAGAUAGGGAAGAGAUGAUGGAAGCGAUAAUGCGGAAAAGCGAAAAGAAUCGAGAGUACUACUCUGCCUGUCUUGAAAAACAACGGCAACUCUUCAUCAAGAGCCAGCCUAGCUACAUUAAGGAGCUCAUCCGACUGGUGAAGACAUGGGCCAAUGAUGCUCUCCAAAGACAACUCAAGAAGUCUUACUUUCUUGAGCUGUUGACUGUUCAUUUGUGGGAGGAGGCACAAGAGCCUGCACGAUUUGACAAAGCCCAGGGGUUGAAGGACGUUCUGCGGCGUUUGGCUGACCUCCGUAGUAUACAGAUUGUAUACUGGUGUGACGAAGAAGAUGUAGAUGAGGCUUUAAGUCAGCUUAACAUGAAAAUUCCCAUCAUUCUGGAUCCAACGAACCCAAUGAACAACGUCUGCAAGUUUCUAGAAAAUGAGAACAUCAGGAAAACGAUUUCUGGCGCCGCCCGAGCAACACUUAAGACGACACUUUGCAAAGAUGUUACUGUUUACGAAGACUGGAGCUCCCAUUAAACAGGAACCCAUAAAUGUGUCCAAAAAUCAGAAAAUCUGAAAAUUUGAUUUUUGUUCACAGUUUUUGAGACACUUUCAGAACGUUUCAGCACCAAACAAGUAAGGGUUUCACAGUCAAAUUUAGCAUGGCCUACAAAUCAAGAUUUACCUUUUUUUAGUUCAUAGUGUGCCAAUUAUUUUUUUGUUGAUUUAAUUACAUAGCUCUUGUCUCGGUGCCAAACACGCUCAGCAAUCUGUUUAUAGUACUGGUAAGCUUAGCAUUUUCACAAACUGGUGGAUCUUAUGCUUUUGUACACACUGCUGUGCGUGCAAUUUUUCCACAUUUUUCUGAAGUGACACAUGCGGGUUUAGGAAUUAUUAACUCAUCAAAAUAGAUGCAAAAUAGCUUAAAACAUAAUUACAGGUUUUUAUGACUGAAGAAGUCAGCUUUUUAUUAAACAAACAAAAAAGGAACACAAAAAUCAAAUUGUUUGAAACAGAUUGUUUGAAAAAAGUUUUAUUUAUUUUACAAAAAUUAUAUUUGAUUGUGGUUUUGUAAUUUAUUUGUUGUAUUUCAGUGUUGGCAACAAGAAGAGCUAAGAAUUGUUGUAAACACCUGAAUUGCUUAAGGGCGUUUAGAGAACACCAACAGUUGUUUUGUUUGAAAACACCAACAGUUAUUUACUAUUUAUUUUAUUGUUUGAGUAUUGGCUACAAAAGAGCCAUAACAAAAAAUAAAAAACACAUUUUAGUGUUUGAUGUAACUGUUUGCUAGAAGGUGUACCACGAUCAUAGACUUGAGACCAAGUCUAAUCACUGCCUAGUGGCUGACCAUGAGAUUUGUAAGGGGUACAAGCAUGUUGUGAAGUUAAGUCUUUUAGAAAAUUUGCACGCUACAUUUUAAAAGCUAUUAAACAUUCAGCAAAUUAUGACAUUUAAUUCAAUGUUAAUUUUGGUUUUACCUUCACACUGAUAUGUGUUUAUGACAUUAUUUUGAUUUAGCUAUUAAGAAAGUAUGCAAUAGUUUUAUUUUAUGUAGGUGACUGUUAUUUAGAAACUGCUUUAAAUGUUGAUUACAAAAAGUCCCUUCGAUCCACUUAAGCAAAAAUAAUAGUAAUACCAGCCGAUUGCCUACCUUCGGCACAGAUCAUGCACUUAAAAAGCAGGUCCAAAUUUCGUAGUGCUGCUUAUAAUAAAACACAAAAUCAAGCUAAGCAAAUCAAAAAUUAUGCUUAUCAUAAUAAGGUUACAAGCUUAAAUAUGGUGUCGCACAUAGAAUUUGUGACUGGUAUUCUGCUUACUAUUAUUGCUAAGGAGGGAUUUUUUAAAGCAGUAUUUUCUGCUUAACCAGUUCUUCGAAAUAGGGCUAAGGACAGUUUUUUUUUCAGCAAAAAAAAGUCUCCCAAAUUCCAAACUCUCGUCCUUGGCAGUAGAAUCGUAGAAAAGGUUAGUUAUCAAAGAGCAAAUCUACACACCAAAAUCAAUACAGAUGGUAAUGCUACAUACAAAAUAAUAAACAAAGAGUAAACUGUUUGUCUGGGUAAAAUAAGAUACCAUAAUAUUAUAGUGUUAUUAUCACAUUGAGUAAAAAUUUUGCAGUUGUGUUUAGCAGUUAUUUUUAUGUCAAGGUAUUCAAACUGGAUCUGUUACCUUUUACAAAAAAAACAGCAUGUCUGUUUUCCUUUAUAUUUUAUUACUUCAUAUUGUAAUAAUAUUGUCAGUUAUAAGAGUUUGGAGUAAAGCCAGUUUACAUUAUGUUGUAUUUAAAUAAGUUGUCUGGCAUGCAUACAACUUUGUAACUGUAAAAGAAAAGGAACUUCCCAAAUUUUGACUUUUGAACAGUAUUUAUCCAUGGCAUUAAUAGAAAUAAAGAAGAAAGAUUCGAAUCAGCUGAAAAUCGCC